AACAAAACAGCGAUGCCAGGGCGCUAACGGCGCCCGGUGCCUCGCGGGCUCCCUCCCAGUCCCACACCUCCUCGGGCCGCUGCCCCCGCCCCCCCAUCCCAGGCCGAGUGCCCCCCCAACUAGCCCGGCCGCGGGCUCAGAGCGCGAUCGGCAACAAUGUUUACGUUCCGGGGAUUAUGACGUCGACGCCUCCCCCCCCCACAACUGCUGAAAAUGGUUUCCUAGGACUUUGCAAACGGAUCUGCCUAAGUGUUGGUGCAAAACUUUGUAGAUCUCGGCUCUGGCUUGCUUUAUUUAUUUAUUUUUUGGUUUGUUUUCUUUGGUCUUCCCUCCUUCCCCCCUCCGCCAAAAUGCAGGGGGCAGGAGUGUUGACAAUUAAUUGGUGAACUCUCCUAAAAAAAUGGAGGCAGAGAAAGACUCUGGAAGAAGAUUGCGCCCGAUUGAUCGCCAGAGAUACGACGAGAACGAAGACUUGUCGGACGUGGAGGAGAUUGUGAGCGUCCGCGGAUUCAGCCUGGAAGAGAAGCUGCGCAGCCAGCUGUACCAGGGGGACUUCGUGCAUGCCAUGGAGGGCAAAGAUUUCAACUAUGAGUACGUACAGAGAGAAGCUCUCAGGGUUCCCCUGAUAUUUCGAGAAAAGGACGGACUAGGAAUUAAGAUGCCUGAUCCUGAUUUCACAGUCCGAGACGUCAAACUCCUAGUGGGGAGCCGGCGGCUGGUAGAUGUGAUGGACGUGAACACGCAGAAAGGCACGGAGAUGAGCAUGUCUCAAUUUGUGCGCUACUAUGAGACACCUGAGGCACAGCGGGACAAGCUGUACAACGUCAUCAGCCUGGAGUUCAGCCACACCAAGCUGGAGCACCUGGUCAAGCGCCCCACUGUAGUGGACCUGGUGGACUGGGUGGACAAUAUGUGGCCCCAGCAUCUGAAGGAGAAGCAGACGGAAGCCACCAACGCCAUCGCAGAGAUGAAGUACCCGAAAGUAAAGAAGUAUUGUCUGAUGAGCGUGAAGGGCUGUUUCACUGAUUUCCACAUCGACUUUGGAGGCACUUCUGUGUGGUACCAUGUUUUCCGGGGUGGGAAGAUCUUUUGGCUGAUCCCACCAACCCUGCACAACUUGGCGCUGUAUGAGGAGUGGGUGCUGUCAGGCAAACAGAGCGAUAUCUUCCUGGGAGACCGUGUGGAACGAUGCCAAAGAAUUGAGCUGAAGCAAGGCUACACGUUUUUCAUCCCUUCCGGUUGGAUCCACGCAGUCUACACCCCCGUAGACUCCCUGGUCUUCGGUGGGAACAUCCUGCAUAGCUUCAACGUGCCCAUGCAGCUGCGGAUCUACGAGAUCGAGGACAGAACCCGGGUGCAGCCCAAGUUCCGUUACCCCUUCUACUAUGAGAUGUGCUGGUAUGUGUUGGAAAGAUAUGUGUACUGUGUGACCCAGCGCUCCUACCUCACUCAGGAAUACCAGAGAGAGUCCAUGCUCGUUGAUGCCCCAAGAAAGGCCAGCAUAGACGGCUUCUCAUCUGAUUCCUGGUUGGACAUGGAGGAGGAGUCCUGUGAGCAGCAGCCCCAGGAGGAGGAGAAGGAGGAAGAGGGAGAUGGGGCAGAUAAGGUGCCCAAGCUGCCAACCGAUGGCCCUGCCUCCCCCACCAGCACCCCCUCUGAGGAGCAGGAGAACCUUGGCAAGAAGCCUAAAGCACCUGCCAUGCAGUUCCUCAAAAGGACCUUGUCCAAUGAGUCAGAGGACAGCGUGAAGUCUACCACGAUGCCCAUAGACUACCCCAAGACACCCAGCGGCUCUCCUGCCACCGAGGUCUCCACCAAAUGGACCCACCUCACCGAAUUUGAACUGAAGGGCCUGAAAGCCCUGGUGGAGAAACUUGAGUCCCUCCCAGAGAACAAGAAGUGUGUCCCCGAGGGAAUCGAGGACCCCCAGGCCCUCCUGGAGGGCGUGAAGAAUGUCCUGAAGGAACAUGCAGAUGACGACCCUAAUCUGGCCAUCACUGGUGUCCCUGUGGUCAGUUGGCCAAAGAAGACUCCAAAGAACCGGGCGGUGGGUCGGCCCAAGGGCAAGCUGGGCCCAGCCUCCGCGGUGAAAUUGGCAGCCAACAGGACCACAGCAGGAGCUCGCAGGCGCCGGACGCGAUGCCGCAAGUGCGAGGCCUGCCUGCGGACCGAGUGCGGAGAGUGCCACUUCUGCAAGGACAUGAAGAAGUUCGGGGGCCCCGGGCGGAUGAAGCAGAGCUGCAUCAUGCGGCAGUGCAUCGCGCCAGUGCUGCCCCACACUGCUGUGUGUCUUGUGUGUGGCGAGGCGGGGAAGGAGGACACAGUGGAAGAGGAAGAGGGCAAGUUUAACCUCAUGCUCAUGGAGUGCUCCAUCUGCAAUGAGAUCAUCCACCCUGGAUGCCUUAAGAUUAAGGAGUCAGAGGGUGUGGUCAACGACGAACUUCCAAACUGCUGGGAGUGUCCCAAGUGUAACCAUGCCGGCAAGACCGGGAAACAAAAGCGUGGCCCUGGCUUUAAAUAUGCCUCCAACCUGCCUGGCUCCCUGCUCAAGGAGCAGAAGAUGAACCGGGACAACAAGGAAGGACCAGAGCCUGUCAAGCGGAGGAGUGAGUGUGAAGAGGCUCCCCGGCGUAGGUCAGAGGAGCACCCCAAGAAGGUGCCCCCUGAUGGCAUCCUGCGCCGAAAAUCUGACGAUGUACACCUAAGGAGGAAGAGGAAAUAUGAGAAGCCCCAAGAGCUGAGUGGACGCAAACGACUAAAACCUGGCAAAGAAGAUAAACUUUUCAGGAAAAAGCGGAGAUCCUGGAAAAACUCAGAGGACCGGAUGGCCAAUAAGCCCCUCCGGCGCUUCAAGCAGGAACCAGAGGAUGAUCUGCCUGAGGCGCCCCCCAAGACCAGGGAGAGUGACCACUCACGCUCCAGCUCGCCCACGGCUGGGCCUAGCAAUGAGGGGGCUGAGGGCCCAGAGGAGAAGAAAAAGGUGAAGAUGCGCCGGAAACGGCGGCUUCCCAACAAGGAGCUGAGCAAGGAGCUGAGCAAGGAGCUCAACCAUGAGAUCCAAAAGACAGAGAGCAGCCUGGCCCAUGAGAACCACCAGCCCAUCAAGUCAGAACCUGAGAGUGAGAACGAGGAACCCAAGCGGCCCCUGGGCCUCUGUGAGCGCCCCCACCGCUUCAGCAAGGGGCUCAAUGGCACCCCACGGGAAUUGAGGCACCCAUUGGGGCCCAGCCUGCGCAGCCCACCCCGAGUCAUCUCCCGGCCCCCACCCUCUGUGUCCCCGCCCAAAUGCAUCCAGAUGGAGCGCCACGUGAUCCGGCCACCCCCUAUCAGCCCCCCACCCGACUCGCUGCCCCUGGAUGAUGGGGCAGCCCAUGUCAUGCACAGGGAGGUGUGGAUGGCCGUCUUCAGCUACCUCAGCCACCAAGACCUGUGUGUCUGCAUGCGGGUCUGCAGGACCUGGAACCGCUGGUGCUGCGAUAAGCGGUUAUGGACCCGCAUCGACUUGAACCACUGCAAGUCCAUCACGCCCCUGAUGCUAAGCGGCAUCAUCCGGCGACAGCCUGUCUCCCUCGACCUCAGCUGGACCAAUAUCUCCAAGAAGCAGCUGAGCUGGCUCAUCAACCGGUUGCCUGGGCUCCGAGACUUGGUGCUGUCGGGCUGCUCGUGGAUCGCAGUCUCAGCCCUCUGUAGCUCCAGUUGUCCAUUGCUCCGGACUCUGGAUGUCCAGUGGGUAGAAGGACUAAAGGAUGCCCAGAUGCGGGAUCUCCUGUCUCCACCUACAGAUAAUAGGCCAGGUCAGAUGGACAAUCGGAGUAAGCUCCGGAACAUCGUGGAGCUGCGCCUGGCAGGGCUGGACAUCACAGAUGUCUCCCUGCGGCUCAUCAUCCGCCACAUGCCCCUGCUCUCCAAACUCCACCUUAGUUAUUGUAACCACGUCACCGACCAGUCCAUCAACUUGCUUACUGCUGUCGGCACCACCACCCGAGACUCUCUAACUGAGAUCAACCUGUCAGACUGCAAUAAGGUCACUGAUCAGUGCCUGUCCUUCUUCAAACGCUGUGGAAAUAUCUGUCAUAUUGACCUGAGGUACUGCAAGCAAGUCACCAAGGAAGGCUGUGAGCAGUUCAUAGCUGAAAUGUCUGUGAGUGUCCAGUUUGGGCAAGUGGAAGAAAAACUCCUGCAAAAACUGAGUUAGUCCAAGGACAAGUAGGAGAGAACUUAACCUGUACUUCAUCAACACAAAGAACUCAUCUACAAAUGUGCCCAGAUCUGACAGAGUGGGCCAAGACCUUCCACUUAAAAGCAUGUUUAACUGGAAGUGGAGCCUGCUUGGUAUGUCAAGAAGUUACACGAGCAUGAUGUGGACAGAUGUAAAUUACAGUCGAAGUAAGACACUCUGCCAAGUUUCCUCUGUAGAGAAUUCACCUUUUUCUGAAAUUUUACAAAUCAGACUUCAGCCUUUGCACUCAGGAGGGUUUUGCUCCAGCAUGAGCUCUUGUACUCUACAUAGAUCUAAUUUAUACCGUGAGACAAGAAGUAGAAUAAAUGCGCCCACACAGCCUCUUUUCCUCUCCUUUGAAGUGUGAGUUGAGUUCUCAUUUAGGUUCGUAACCUGGCUGUUUCCUAGUUGUAAUGUUCUGCAUUCAGAAGUGCCAUUGUCGUAUGGUGGUGUUUCCUAGACUUUCCCUGAUGCGAUUUUACCUUUGUUGAAUUUGUAUAAACAGUUGUAAAAAAAAAAAAAAAAAAAUCUUUGUGUUCGGGGGUUUUUGUUUGAGGAGAGAAUUAGGAAUUUUAAUUGGAAAGCCCAGGGUCUGUA